AUGUAUGAAUUUUUUUUAUCCCGUCAGGAUUUUGGUCAGUAUAGUCCAGAUGGAAAUUAUAUUAUGCAAACAACCGAGGGUGAACAAAUUGCCCAGCUUAUAUCUGGUUACGUGGAUAUUAUUUUACGUAGACAACGUAGUCGUGAUGGUGGUCAAACAGAAGGUGAUGAAGAAAAUACAAUAAUUGAAGAGAAUAUUACUCCAUCAAAAGCUAAUGUUAUUGCCAAUAUGAGUGCAACACUACCUCGUGGACAUCGUGCUCAAGAAGCAAAUUUAUCUCAUAGUGGUUUAUUACGUACUGCAAGUCAAAGAGAAAAUUUUGCUGAAGGUCAUUUAGCUGUUGAAAGUCAUACUAUAUCACGUCACAAUUUAAGUGGUAAUAAUAAUAUUGGCUCUGGACUUAUUGUCAAUUCUAAUGGGGAUGUAACACCUGGUGGAAAAUAUGGUGUAAGUUAUUACUAUUUUUAA